CAGGUCACAUAACGUCCGUACCAAUUCGAUAAGACUCGAAAGACGAUAUGGCGAAGAAGCGCGCAAGAGAAGCUGACGGCGCCGCCGAGGCACCUGAGAAGAUGGUCGAAGACGGCGACAGCUCGGACGAUGACGAUUUUGAUAUGGUCAACGUAGACUUCGAGUGGUUUAACUUCGACCCCGAGAUCGACUUCCACGGGACAAAAUCGCUGCUGCGACAACUUCUCGACAUCGACGCGGCGUUAUUCGACAUCUCAGGGCUCGCGGACCUGAUCCUGUCGCAGCCGACGAUCGGGUCGACCGUGAAGGUCGACGGCAAGGAGACCGACGCAUACGCCUUCCUGACCGCGCUCAACCUACAUGAGCACCGCGAGAAGAAGCCGCUCGCCGACCUCGCAAAAUACAUCUCCCAGAAGGCCGGGACAAACCAGGCGCUAGCUGGAAUACCGGAACUGCUGUCUUCGGGAAAGCAUGUGGGUCUCGUGCUCUCGGAACGCCUGAUCAACAUGCCCUCAGAGAUCGCCCCUCCUAUGUACGGCAUGCUGAUCGACGAGAUUGAGGCGGCGGUAGAAGACAAGGAGCCGUACGAGUUCUCGCACUACCUAAUCAUAUCUAAGACCUACCACGAGAUCGAGUCGACGCUCGACGUCGAAGAGAGGAAACGAAAGAAGGGAAAGCAAGACGCGACGAUGUUCUACUUCCAUCCGGAGGACGAGGUAUUACUAAAGCACGCGGCAGCAUACGGCAGCUACGACUUCACCAAGAUCGACGAGGCCAUUGCGGAUAGCAAGAGGGCUUUCCAGGAGAUGGGUGUUAUGCCGCGUGGCUUUAUGAUAUUAAUCGAAGCUAGCAAGUUCGCAGAUGCUGCGAAGGCCAUUAGCGAGUACCUGAGUCCCCCGUCUUAAAUUAAGUCAAAUCGCAAUAAAAACAUCCACCAAACC